UGCGUUUAAAGUUUGCAAUGUGUGAGGUUCUUGAAAUUGAUAAUGAUAUUUUAAUAUCAUUAGUGGAGGCAAGACCGGUUUUGUGGGACAAAACAUUGAACUCAUUUAAAGAUAGAAAUCUCACCCAGGACGCAUGGAGAGAAGUUUGUUGUGCUUUGCGAAACGAUUUUGAGGAUAUGGAGGAUAAGGAAAAAAAUGCAUUUGGAAAAGAAGUAACAAAGAGAUGGGGAAACCUUCGGGAUGCUUUCUCAAAGUCAAAGAGGAAGCUGAAAGAGUCAAAGAAAAGUGGAGCUGGUGCCCGUACAUUUAAAAACUACGUCUACGCUGAGCAAAUGCAAUUUUUAAAUAAAUUGUUUCAAACGAGGGAAGUUGUAGACAGUUUAGAUGGUGGAACCGAAAACAAUGAAGACGAAAAUGUUGAUGCUUUACCAGGAGCCACAGUACCCCCCAAGGAGAACCCCAAACCUCGAGAAAACAAAAGACGUCGCCAGCCGGAUGAGGUGGAGAUGAAAAUUAUUAAAGCACUAGAAGAACCUCCACUUAGUCCUCACAUUUUAUUUUUUCAAGGGCUUUUGCCACAUUUAAACAAGUUCGACGAUAGCGAAGUUCUUGAAUUUCAAAUGGGUGUAUUGGAAGUGAUUUCCAAAAUUAAAAACAAACAAAAAAACACUGCUCAACCUCAACUCCUUCCACGGGGAACACCUUUCUACUAUCCUAGCAAUUAUCCCUUUCCACAGCAUCAAUCAUUUCCCCCUUCACAAAUGUCUUAUUCCAAUCAAUUCAGCUUCAAACCACAAGAGCCCCAAACCUAUCAGUCCCACCAAUUCAAAUAUCCCCUGAGUCACAACUACGAUUCAAACCAACAGCAGGCCUGCUCUUCAAAAGGGAAGGCAGUUAAACAUCCGCAAGGGCAAACGACUGCACAAUAUUUGGCACACGAAGAAUUUGGCAGAACAUCUCCAGAGACCUUUCCAUCAGCGAGCCCCUCCCCAGCUGGAUCAGAUACCACUUACGACUUCUCAUAAUUUCAUAUUAGUUAAAAAAGUGAUUUAAAAAAAAUGGUUACAAAUAAUAUCAAAUUGCUUGGACUUCUUGUUUUAUUGUGGUAGGCAUCUUGUGGUUAUGUAUAUUUAUUUAGUACAUUGGGAACAUUAAUAAAAUUUUACUGAGAGAAAGCAUUAUAUUA